AUGGAGGGGUCAACUUUGCAGCUCCCAACACAAGUCAAGUCUGCUCCUACUGCUGUUGGACUUAGAAGAAAGAAUAUAUACGCUGGAACAUCCAGCAUGAUUACAGAGCAAUAUGCAGAUGAUGGGCUCAUUGGUCGUAGCUGGGCCAUGGUGUUUGCUGCUGGAGGCUUCAAAGUGAAACUUUAUGAUAUUGCACAACAACAGCUAACAAGUGCACUGGAAAACAUUCGCAAACAAAUGAAAGAGCUGGAGGAGUCGGGAUUCCUGAAAGGAGCUUUGAGUGCGGAGCAGCAGUUGGCUCUCAUUAGCAUCUGUACAGACCUAAAGGCAGCAGUAGAGGGUGCUACUUUCAUUCAGGAAUGUACUCCGGAGAACCUGGAGCUGAAAAAGAAGAUUUUCAGUCAGUUAGAUCUUCUUGUUGGGGACAAUGUUAUCUUGAGCAGCUCGACCUCUUGUCUCUUACCCAGCAAAUUGUUCACUGGCCUUAAACAUGUUAAGCAGUGUAUUGUGUCACAUCCUGUAAAUCCACCUUACUUUGUGCCGUUGGUUGAAAUUGUUCCUCAUCCAGAAACAGAUCCUUCUACUACAGAGAGAACGUAUGCUCUGAUGAAGAAGAUUGGUCAAUCUCCUGUCAAACUAAACAGAGAAAUUGAGGGGUUUGUUCUGAAUCGGCUCCAGUAUGCAGUGAUAAGCGAAGCCUGGAGACUUGUGGGUGAAGGAGUAGUAUCUCCUACUGAUCUAGACCUUGUGAUGUCUGAUGGAUUGGGAAUGCGGUAUGCAUUUAUUGGACCUCUGGAAACCAUGCAUCUUAAUGCAGAAGGUAUUUCAAAUUAUUGCGAAAGAUACCGUGAUGGUAUGAGACGUGUUCUGAACACCUUUGGACCAGUUCCAGAAUUUUCCGGUGAAAUUGAGCAGAAAAUCAAUCAGGCAAUGUCUGAAAAAAUUCCAGUUGUUCCAAAAGUCCUCGAUGCCAGGAGAAAAUGGAGAGAUGAAUGUCUCACUGGUCUUUCCAAACUGAAAAAACAAAUGAAAUCUGACUGGAGUGCACCUUGUCUAACAGGAGAAACCAAAUGAAGAGCAGAUCUUCAUAAAAAGUGGAAAUUUUUGGUCAUGCAGAAGAGGAGACUGAAUGUGCAACCAAUGAUAAGCACAAAUGUAGAGACCAAUGAAACAUUUGGUCCAAAUUUGCUGUGACGUAAUUCAUGAAUAACUGGAAACAGUUAUUAAAAAGUUCAGUUAAAAUUUAUCAAAUUAUUAUAUAUAUGCAUUAGAUGUGCAAGCAUUAAGUAGCUUUAGCAAUAUUAAUAUUGUGCAAUGCUGGAACACAAUCAUGUUUUAAAUAAUGCAUUUUUCAGCUUACUUAGGAAUUCAGCACUUGAACAAUAUUUGCUUAUGCAGGGAUCCAAAAUAAGCAAACAUCAGCUGCUUGUCACUGGAGAAAAUAAGCCCUCACCCACCUAUCACUGUGACAGCAAGGUUAAUUUGUAAAGCACUGACUGUAGAUAGGAGAAGGUUGUGUUGAGCGAAGAGUAGAUUGAGUGGCUGGUGAGCUGAGACCUCAGCAGCAUUAAGGAUCACUUCAACUUAGCUCUGUAACUGUUCCACAAUGUAGGG